ACCAGACACCCAAUCAGCUCUGUGUGUGUGUAUGGUCAGGCAGACCGUGAAAGUUGCCCUGGAGGGAACCUGGGAGCUUUAUAAACAGGCAUUGCCUUCAAAGGGAGCCAAAGACACAGAUCAGUGCUACGGUCAAGUCCAGGAACUACUGCACAGAGUCUUGUCAUUCUUUGAAUGUUGUAACUCAGUAAAAUGGGCCUGAGCUACUCCAGGACUCAUCAUAAGGUGACAAAAGUGGCACCAGUGCAAACCAAAGAGGAGGUGCCUCCUUCCCCUUGCACUGCUGCGGUAUGUGGACUUCACAGCACCCUGGACGAGAGAAGUUUAUGGUCAUUUGCAGCCAUGGAGGAGAGAAAUCCAGUGUUUCAAAGGCAGCUUCCACCCCUAAGAGAAACGCUGUAUGGCAGAUGCUCCACAGUGCCCAGACCCAUUUCAUUUGACAUCAUGAUGGAAAAGGGAGAAACAAGUAUUAUUAAACAGCAUCCACCUCGAAGACUCCAAAAGCUGGAACCCGCUGACCUUCCGCAAGUAAUCACUUCUGAAAAGCUCCUCAGCCAGCAGGAAGGGGCAGCAGCCCAAAAAGCAAAGGAGCUGGAGAAGCGAGUGCAAACUGCAAAAUAUACGUCUGGAAGACGACAGCACUUACACAAGCUGCAGAUGUUAGAAAUGAACCGCAAGCGAGAAGAGAUGAAUCAUUUACAAAGCCAGGAGGAACUGCAGAAAAGUCUCCACAGGGAGGAAAAAAUCAACAAACAAAAAACAAGGGAGCUCAAGGCUAAGAAAGUCCUCAAAAAUCUUCAGAGAAACAAUUGCUCUGAAGGUGAAGACCUUGUCCCCGUUGAGCAUGAUCAAACUUUUAAUGGAGACCAUGGAAAUACAUGGGAUGGAGAAUUCUUGGAGCCACACGAGAUGGCUGAAUCCUAUCCCAGUCAGAGCAGUAAAGUGGAAAUGUGGUUCGUAAAGCAUCAGGAUCCAAGAGAUCUAUUCUGGGACAGCUCUAGCACUGAUUCAGAUGACUGGAAAAGAGAAGAGAGAAAGCUGGGUCACAAACCUGCACUAGUGAGAACCAAGACAGAGAGAAUCCCUCUGUUUGAUGAGUUCUUUGAUAAGGAAUUCUAACUGCAAACGAUCCGGAUGGGACUGGAGUCAUGCAUUGAAAAAACUCAGCUCUCUGAUUAUGCUUUAAACCCACUGGAUGGAUAGCCUGAUGCUGUUAAGAAUUACUUCUUUUGUGAAGUAAAUAGUUUGUGCAAGUAUGAAGAAAUACAAAGGAACACUGCAGAUACAGAUAUGACUAAACCCAUUUAUCUUUGCAGGUCUCGAAGGGCCACCAUUGUGAAGGUGCAUCUGCUUUGUGGAAAGAUAUAAUGAGAAAUUCAGGGGAAUAUACAACAAUAUACUGGAACUGAAAUUAUUUAUCAUGCAGCUGUUUUAACGCAGCUAAGAUGGGGGUACAUAGGGGAAUGCCACUGAACAAGAAAUAAAGGGUAACAUUAGUCCUACACUCCUGAGACAGGCAAAAUGCCUAUUGAUUUUGGCAGGAGUUUUGUGUGAGUUUGGAUUGUAGGAUCAGAUGACCCAACUCUCAGGAGAAUUACUCCCUCCUCUUGUCUCGUCCCCCUGCUCACCUUAUUACCUUUGCUCUGCCACCUUCUCUUUUAAGAGCCUCUUUGGGGGAGAAACAUCUUCAAGGUAGCUCAUAGGCCCUAGCCUGGCACAUCCUCACCCUUUUGUCCUAUUGAAAUUUACGUGUACCUAAGCACAGGCACAAGAGGAAUUGUGGAACUAACAAAACACCUGCCUUACCUUGCCAUUCAGUCACACUGUGACCUCGCCAUCCUUCUGUCAGUAUGUCAUCUAAUUAGCACAAGAUCUGCAAGUGACCUUUGGUUGGAUUCUGACUGCACUUAUACCAGCAUAACUUCGUUGACUUCAGUAGAACUACUCUUGAUUUAUAAAGAUAUCAGGGCACAGUUGGGCCUGUUGCCACCAUCUGUCUAUAAAGAACCUAGCAACAAACAGUAAAUAAAGAUAAUUGAUUCUAAACCCACAUUCCUUUCCCACAAUUUUCAACCUCUUUUAUCCUUCAAAUUAGGACAUUUAUUGUCUAUAUACUUAGACAGCCCCAUCGUUGUAAUGCUGAGCAACUCACAAACAAUGAAUUUAGCUCACAGCAUCCUUGUUAGGUAGCUCAGUAUUACAAUUCCUAUUUUACAGAUGUGGACUCAUAUAGAGAAAUAUUAUGGUUGGGAUUUUCAUAGAAGUCUAGGGGAGUUAGAUACCCACUGCCAACUGUAUUUCAUUGGGAUUUAGGUCUUUAACUCCCUUAGGCUCUUUUCAAAUUCCCAGCCUAAGUGGCUUGGCCAGGGUCAGAAAGUCUGUAGCGGAGACUAGAUUUGAAUCCAGAUAUCCUGAGUUCCAGUUCAGAGUCUUAACUGUAGGCUUGUACUUCCUUAUCCCCUCUAUCCAUGCAUGUAACUGCCAUGUAAUGAGGUGGACUAGAUUGUCACAAUGGUUCUUUCUGGCUUUAUAAUCUAUGAAUUUUUGCAUCUCUGCCUGCUUCAACCAUGAGAAAAUAACUGACACUGUCCCAAAAGUUCAGACUACGUACAGUGAUUUCAUGACAAAACCCCUACAAAGCAAACUGAAACAAAAUCAAAUCAAAUGUUAAAAUUAAACCAAAAAAAGAGAUUAAUUUUGAGAAGACAACAAUGUAAAUAGUAAAGGUAGCUAAUGACUAACGACUGUUUUACUUGGAUUCUAUGUUUUAAAAUAAAUACCUCUGUGAACGCUUUCCAGAUCUCACUUAACCACCAUGAAUAGGAAAAUAUUGUGAAAGCUUUAUUAGGUAUAGACAAAAGUCAAUGGUUUAAUGGGAUGGAACAAUUAACCUGGCACUGGGCUAUACAUCUGUCCUCUGAAUGAUUCCACAUAUUUCCCUCUUGUGUUCCCAUCUGUCAACAAUUAAGCUAUAAUUGGUGGAAAUGCAAUUUAUCCUAGACAGUGCUGAUUAGUUUAGCGAUAGUUGGGUUGCAAGCAUAUGGAAACACUGCACACGAAUAGGAAUAUGUGGAAUAAUCAGCCCUUGUCACAUGUUUUAUAGGAGGGAAAGAUAGGUAACAUUAAUGAAUCAAAAUGAUUAUGUCUGACAUACACUUAUCUAUGGGAAAAUGUUUGCUGUUUUUCUUGUAGUUCAGAGUUCUUUGAUGCCAAUAAUGACAAAUUUCAAAUGUAUUGAUUUAUUCUAAACAAUUGUAACCUGUACAGAAGCAGACUACAACUCAUUUUUACUCUGAUACUUUCUAACACUGGAAAUUAAAAUGCUUUCCUUUCUGUUGAGCCUGGAAUUUAGACAGGUUUCAGAGUAACAGCCGUGUUAGUCUGUAUUCGCAAAAAGAAAAGGAGUACUUGUGGCAUCUUAGAGACUAACCAAUUUAUUUGAGCAUGAGCUUUCGUGAGCUACAGCUCACUGCAUCGGAUGCAUACCGUGGAAUGAAGUGAGCUGUAGCUCACGAAAGCUCAUGCUCAAAUAAAUUGGUUAGUCUCUAAGGUGCCACAAGUCCUCCUUUUCUUUCUGGAAUUUAGAGUCUCCUACACACACACACACAUACACCAGCUAUAGCUCCACAAAAGAAUUUUGAUUGUAGUGGUUAUCUUUGGAGAGCCACGGAUUUCAGAUGGUGGCUACCUUCCUAUAAUUUUAAAGGUAUGUCAUUAUGAUUGGCUAUUUAUACUGGGUGAAAUUCACCCCAAAGAGAGGGGUAAAUUUCACCUAGUAAGAACAUCCACACACAACACCAGCACAUAACACUGGCCAAUUUUGCCUUCUAUUUGGCAUACCCUCAUUCAUUAUAAUUCUAAUGCAACAGAAACCCUCAUAUCUGCUUUAGGAGACAUAACUCCACUCAAGCCUUAACAUAAUGGAAGAAAGAAAAGGAGUACUUGUGGCACCUUAGAGACUAACCAAUUACCACAAUUUCAGCCCGUGCACGUCGGCGGAAGCACUCUAUGUAGAAGUCCAGUCUGCUGUUUCGACCUUCAGGAGGAGUCCAUUGGUUAGUCUCUAAGGUGCCACAAGUCCUCCUUUUCUUUUUGCGAAUACAGACUAACACGGCUGUUACUCUGAAACCUGUCAUAAUGGAAGAAGUGUCAUCAGGAGCAUGCAUAACUUUCGGAGCUGUCUGUAGUUUAAUGACUAGUACGAGUCAUUACAUUACAUUACAUUACAUUACCCCAUUAUUGUACCCCAGUACAAUAAUGGGGUAUUUUUAAAAGAGGAAAUAGAUUUCUGGAGGACAUUUUCUACCAGUCCUUAAGAAUGUUAAAGCUCAAGUGAAACCCUAACAUGAAAAUCUGAUGUAAGCACAGAUUUAUUCAAUGGUAAAAAGCUGUGUUAAUGUAGAGUUAAGAUUGCUGGAUGGUAUGUCAUCCCAUUGCACAACACUGAAUUGAGCAAAACUCAAACUUCUGAAAACCAGGAAAUGGAGAAUUAAGGUUGCCCAUGCAACCUUAACUCUGCUUUUGUUCAGCAAUGUCCCAAUACACCCUGUGACCACACCUAUCUUUACUCUGCCAGCCCCAUUCACGCUUACCCACAAAAUCCCAUGUAACACUAUUAAAGGACAAAAAUGAAAAAAAAAAUUGGCAGUACUAACUUGUGUUGGGGUAUAAAAAUGUAUCUCAAAGAAAGUAUCUUUGUCUGGUCUAGAGAAGAAUGGUCUAGAGUGAAAGUCCUGCCAUUCACUGAGGUGGUCCACUGUUAUGGACAUACAUGUAUUAGUGGUCUGGUAGAGUCUGUGGGAUAUUAGUACUGUGCUUCAUCGACAAUAAACCUGGCUGGGUGCCUUUGUCCCUUAA